AUGACGACCAUGUUGAAAUCCUGUAUGCGUUUGCAUUUUCUCUUGCUGCUCUUAUUCUGUUGUGUCUCUCCUUCAAGCUUCGCCUUCCGUUUUAAAAAUCCUGUUGUUGGUCUUGUUGCUUGUCGUCCACACCAGAUUCAAGCCCUUACACAAUUCAAAAAUGAGUUUGAUACCCGGCGUUGCAACCCCAAUGACUACUUCAAUGGGGUGUUGUGCGAUAACUCGACAGGUGAAGUCACAAUGCUACGGCUCAGGGCCUGUCUCAGUGGAACUCUGAUGCCCAACAGUAGCCUCUUCAAAUUCCAUCAUCUCCGUCACCUUAAUCUCUCUGGAAACAACUUCAUUUCCUCUUCACUUCCUUCUGAAUUUGGAAACCUAAACAGGUUAGAGAUCUUGUCUCUUUUCUCAAGUGGCUUCCUCGGCCAAGUUCCUUUAUCAUUUGGUAACCUAAGCCAACUUACCUAUUUAGAGCUUUAUGAUAACAAGCUCACUGGUAGUUUUCCACUUUUGCGGAAUCUAAGCAUGCUCAAAGUUUUAGACCUUUCUGGAAACCACUUCUCUGGAAGUCUGGAUCCCAAAAGUAGCCUCUUUGAGCUGCACCAGCUCCAUUACCUUAAUCUAGAUUUCAACAACUUCAAAUCCUCCUUACCUUCUAAUUUUGGAAGUCUCAACCAAUUAGAAGUUUUGCACCUUCAGUCUAAUGGCUUCUUCGGCCAAGUUCCUCCCACAAUUAGUAACUUAACCGGGUUAACCGAGUUGUUCCUUUCCAAUAACCGAUUAACUGGUAGUUUCCCACUUGUACAAAAUCUAACCAAGCUCUCCCAUAUAGACCUUCUUAAUAAUUACUUCACAGGAAUCAUUCCUCCUUCCAUCUUCACUAUGCCUUUCUUGUCAUAUCUUAACCUCCAAAGAAACGAUCUAAAUGGUUCUAUUGAAGUUCCUAAUUCCUCUACGUUAUCCAGACUCCAAACCCUGUACCUUGGGCAUAACCAUCUUGAAGGAAACAUGCUUGAGCCUAUCUUAAAGCUCACCAGCCUCACCCAACUCGACCUUUCUUUCCUAAACACAAGCUACCCAAUUGACUUAAACUUUUUCUCCUCUCUCAAAUCUUUGUUCUCCCUGAAUCUUUCCGGCAACAAGAUAUCUACGGCCAGUUUAAGUUCAGAUUCAUACAUCCCAUUGCAACUGUUGUUCUUGAAACAGUGUGGCAUUAAGGAGUUCCCAAACAUCUUAAAGUCCCUUCAGAAUUUGUACGCUAUAGACAUGUCCAUCAAUGAAAUCACUGGGAAAAUACCUGAAUGGUUAUGGAGCCUUCCUCGUCUCAACUCGGUGGUAGUUUCAUAUAAUUUGUUUGAUGGUUUCAAAGGUUCCACGAAAAAGUUAGUCAAUUCAUCGGUGCAGAUUUUAGUUUUGGACAAAAACUAUUUCCAAGGAGCACUUCCUCAUUUACCACUCUCUAUCAAGGAUUUCUCUGCAAGCCACAAUCGAUUCAGUGGGGACAUACCUCUUUCAAUCUGCGACAGAAGUUUGCUUUUUAACCUUGAACUAAGCUACAACAACUUCACUGGCCCAAUUCCUCAAUGUCUGAGUAACUUGACGUAUCUGAAGCUCCGGAAGAACAACUUGCAAGGAAGUAUUCUUGACACGUUCGAUGUUGAUGCGACUCUCCAGACACUCGACGUUGGCUUCAAUCGACUAACCGGAAAUCUUCCAAGGUCUCUCCUAAAUUGCUCAUCUCUAAAGAUUCUAAGCGUGGACUCCAACAGAAUCAAGGACACGUUUCCUUUUUGGCUCAAGGCAUUACCGAAUUUGCAAAUCCUUACUCUCAGCUCAAACGAGUUAUAUGGUCCAAUAUCUCUUUCUCAUCAAGGUUCUCUUGGAUUUCCGGAGCUGCGUAUAUUUGAGAUAUCUAAUAACAAGUUUUCUGGAAGCUUGUCGCCAGAUUACUUUGUCAACUGGAAAGCAUCAUCACGCACGAUGAAUGAAGAUGAAUGUCUAUAUAUGGUUUACAAUAUUAAGGCGCUUUACGGUGGUGACUUAAGCUUCACUAUUACGGAGACUGGAGGUUUGCAUUAUAAAGGUCUACACAUGGAGCAAGCGCAAGUCCUUACUUCCUACGCCACCAUUGAUUUUUCUGGAAAUAAACUUGAAGGACAGAUUCCUGAAUCUCUUGGUCUUCUGAAGGCACUGAUUGCACUCAACUUAUCCAACAAUGCCUUCACGGGCCAUAUCCCUCUGUCUUUUUCCAAUCUGGGCAAGCUCGAGUCACUAGACCUAUCAAGCAACCACCUCUCAGGGACUAUUCCUAAUGGACUCGGGAGCCUCUCGUUUUUGGAGUACAUUAAUGUGUCUCACAACCAACUCCAAGGUGAAAUACCACAAGGAACACAGAUUACUGGACAACCUAUAUCAUCAUUUGAAGGGAAUUCAAGGCUUUGUGGUCUUCCUCUCCAUGAAAGUUGUUUUGGGAAUCAUGUGCCAUCAACACAACCACCUAAUGAAAAUGAAGAAGAUGAAGAAAAAGAACAAGUUUUGAGCUGGAAAGCAGUGGCAAUAGGGUAUGGGGUUGGAGUAUUUCUUGGAUUGGCAAUAGCACAAGUGAUUGCUUCUUACAAGCCAGAGUGGCUCACCAAGAUAAUUGGAACAAAUAAGCGUAGAAACCAUUAG